CCCGCACCGCGCCCCGCACCCCGGCCGCCCUGCUUCCCCUUGUGCCUGCGGCGCCCCCUUCAUCUCUAGCCGCUGCCCCCACCCCCACCCCAAUCAGGCGAUCUCUGGAGAUGUGAAGAAGGGGGGUGCGCGGACAGGAAGAUGAAGGGAGCAAAGCUGCCCGCUGCGGGACAGGCGUCUAGGUGAACAGGAAAAUGACCGAAGAAACACACCCGGACGAUGACAGCUAUAUUGUGCGUGUCAAGGCUGUGGUUAUGACCAGAGAUGACUCCAGCGGGGGAUGGUUCCCACAGGAAGGAGGCGGGAUCAGUCGCGUCGGGGUGUGUAAGGUCAUGCACCCCGAAGGCAGUGGACGAAGCGGCUUUCUCAUCCAUGGUGAACGACAGAAAGACAAACUGGUGGUACUGGAAUGCUAUGUGAGAAAGGACUUGGUCUACACCAAAGCCAACCCAACAUUUCAUCAUUGGAAAGUCGAUAACAGGAAGUUUGGACUUACUUUCCAGAGCCCUGCCGAUGCGCGAGCCUUUGACAGGGGAGUGAGGAAAGCAAUCGAAGACCUUAUAGAAGGCUCCACGACUUCAUCUUCUACCAUCCAUAAUGAAGCUGAGCUUGGUGACGAUGAUGUCUUUACAACAGCUACAGACAGUUCUUCUAAUUCCUCCCAGAAGAGGGAACAACCCACGCGGACAAUCUCCUCUCCCACAUCCUGUGAGCACCAGAGGAUUUACACCCUGGGCCACCUCCACGACUCGUACCCCACGGACCACUAUCACCUCGACCAGCCGAUGCCGAGGCCCUACCGCCAGGUGAGCUUCCCGGACGACGACGAGGAGAUUGUGCGCAUCAACCCCCGGGAGAAGAUCUGGAUGACCGGCUACGAGGACUACCGGCACGCGCCGGUCAGGGCCAAGUACCCGGACCCCUCGGAGGACGUGGACUCGUACGUGCGCUUCGCCAAGGGCGAGGUCCCCAAGCACGACUACAACUACCCCUACGUGGACUCCUCAGACUUUGGCCUCGGCGAGGACCCCAAAGGCCGCGGGGGCGGCGUGAUCAAGACGCAGCCGUCCCGGGGCAAGUCCCGGUGGCGGAAGGAAGACGGCGAGCGCUCCCGGUGCGUGUACUGCAGGGACAUGUUCAACCACGAGGAGAACCGGCGGGGCCACUGUCAGGACGCUCCCGACUCGGUGAGAACUUGCAUCCGCCGGGUGAGCUGUAUGUGGUGUGCGGACAGCAUGCUCUAUCACUGUAUGUCGGACCCCGAGGGGGACUACACAGACCCCUGCUCGUGCGACACUAGCGACGAGAAGUUUUGCCUCCGGUGGAUGGCUCUUAUUGCCUUGUCUUUCCUGGCCCCCUGUAUGUGCUGUUACCUGCCCCUUCGGGCCUGCUACCACUGCGGAGUGCUGUGCAGGUGCUGCGGGGGCAAGCACAAAGCGGCCGCGUGACUCGGCAUCUCUCACGCGCUCCUCUCCUGCCCUGGGACCGAGAGGCACCAUUCCAGCCCCGGGAACCUGCCCGGGGGGCUCUCGGCUCCCUCCGCCACCGCCCUGCGGCGGCCGCACACACCCACUCACACACAGUGUUCUGAGGAAAGGAACUUGGGCCUGGACUCUGGUGUAUUAUUAACAACCUGUAAUCAAGCUGUUUUAUCCAUGCGGCCAUUUCCUGUCUGUCCUCCCCACCUCUUCCAGUUCAAAGGCGUCUGUAGUGGGAACUGCUGCGGAUUUGGGGCUGGGUUUUCCCAGACCCGGUCUUUCUCUAGGUCCAGCAGCAGGUUCCUGCGGAACCCUGAUACCCGAAUGAUGCGACCCUACCGGAAGUAUUUUAACCUGCAGUCAGUUAUUAUGUAUAGGAGGUGAGCUAGUUAACAAACUUGUACCAUAAAAUAUCGCUUUAACUCUUCUAAAGCCAAAUUUCCCGUGAAAGCUGCAGUUUCUCUAAAUCCAUCAUUUUCUGUCCCUGCCUCCUGCCACCCCCUCCUCGUGCAAAAAUAAUAAUAAUAACCUGUCGAAAUUGUUCACUGAUGCAAAACAUUCACCAUAAAAUGAGAAUUGAGCCUUAACUUCAGAUUAACUCAUGAGAAUCAGGAAAACUCCUUCAGCUGCAUCACACCCUCAGACGAGGGCUAGAAAGGAGAUAUUUCAGGUUUCUAUGAGCCUCCCUGGUUAUCCUAAAAGUUGAUUUUUUUUUACUUGCUAAAAAAAAAAUUAGCACUAUUAGAAUAAGAGUAAAAAUUAGAGUAAGAAAUCUUGCUCGUUGUUUUGCGAGCCAGAUAGUCUAUUCAAACACAAACCAGUGCUGUGGGAGCGAGUGGCACUACGGUUGUGGGGGAUAGAGCUAUAGGAGUUUCUUGCCCUCCCCCUAGUGGCUAUUUAUAGAAACAGGGUGGGGGGUUUUAAAUAUCAUCACUUCCAAGAGUGGUGGGGUCGCAUUUUUGCCUGUGGGUUUAUGUUUUCAUUUUCAUUUUGGACUCAACUUCAUGUCACCAAAUUCUUCAUUUAUACUUGGGAAAAAACAAGGCCAUAUGUACAAACCCUUCCAAUGCCUAAGUGUCUUUCUCCUGCAACUCCAAACCCAGACUUGCCACUUUGCGUGCACAGGUGGUUAGGCCAGCCGGCCGGUUCCACCUGUCACCUUGCCACGUAGGAGGCUUCUUACUUAGCUGGAACAGAGUAUUUUUCUAAUAUAUUGGGAGGAAAAGCCAAAUCUUCUUAUUGAAGAAAAAGGAAAAGUGAAGAGUGGUUACCUGUACCUAGCAUAGUACAAUCAGAACCUCGUGGAGACCACGGGGGACAGACAGCAGGCCUGUCGACACUGGCUGUUCUUCCUGCCACAGUCCUUCUGUGGGAAUCGCCAGCCACUGGCAGGACCCUGUCCCCCUCGCCUCCUUUCCCCUGUCCUUCCUCUAUUGCACACAGGACAUAGUCUUCAAGGAAAGUGCUAGCCAUGCUUAACCUCCCCGGCAAGGCAUUCAGCCCGCCUGGGAGCCCUUCCCGUUUCUUCUGCGUACACGCCCGGUGUGCUUCUGAGUUGGUUGGCAGCUCAACUUGCCAUUCGUUGGAGUGACCAGUGGGACCCGGUUCACGGUCCGUGUGGAUCGAUGGAAGGAGAGCUAACGGCUUCCCUGCCUGGAGAACAGCGAGAAGCCCUCCAGCCUCCCGCUCCGACGACGCUGUCGAGACGGCACCUUCUUCCCGCCUGAGGUCUCCCUCGGGGUCUCUCUCUAAGGUCUCCUCUCUACAAAGCACAACACUAAUGUAUGUGUCCUUAGACUUCCGUUCAAGCGCCCCUAUUUAUUUCAACAGGAACACACGUUUCAGAGCCACCUUUCGUUUGUCACCUCUGUUGUCCUGCCCACCCUCCUUUGCCCCUCGACCCUUCCUACCUGCGAGUCUUACUCCGCAAAUCCUCUCUGGUUUGUGAAGGCAGCGGUUAAGGGCACAAAGACGGCCAUGGGGACAUUUAUGUAAAUACGUCUCUCCCAGCACCACCCUGCAGCUGAACAACGUGUAGUGCUUUCCCAGUCAGCUUUGCCAUCAUGACGUCAGUCAUUUGAGAAAAGUACUCAGAUUUUAUUUUUGUAUCGGUGGUAACAAAACAUUAACCAAAAGGUUUUCUGUUGGGAAGCUUCCCUGACCGUCUCCCCCUCCCCCACCCAAGCUGUUUGCUCACAUUAACAAAUUAAAAGUGCCUGAGACAUGAUCCAUUCUUUCCCUGUAUAUUAAAACCCCGUUGUAUUGAUUUUUUAUAAUAAGCCUUUUUACCUCUGUGUAAAAAAAUAUAUAUACAAGUGUAUGAUGUACAUUUUAGUUCUUAACUUUUUUUUAUGGUUUCUAAUAUGUAUGACCAAUGUAGCCAUUGCUUUAAAAUGUACCAUGUAAAUAUAAACA